UCAAGCUAAAAAACCUCCUGAUCGGGACCUGAAAAGGGUCCGCACCGAAGUACCGUUUCAAUUUGAAAUGUACGUCCCUUGUUUCCGAAAAGUUUCCGAGAUUUCUAGUUUUACAAUCUGAAAGUGAAAAGCCACUGGGCAAACUGUCCCCCUUCCUUGUAGCCAAGGUACUAGAAGGCGUUGUUGGUCAGAACUUUCAUGCGAAGAAAAUGGCAUCCGGAGACCUCCUUGUAGAGAUCAGUACAAAACAGCAGAGUGAUGCCCUCCUGGCUCUCAACUCAGUUUCGGACUACAAAGUCACUGUUUCUCCGCACCGCAAACUGAACACUGUCCAACGAGUUAUCUCCGAGGACGACCUGCUUGACACAUCAGACACAGAGUUAGUGGAGGGCCUCUCUAGCCAAGGAGUUCUCGCUGCGCGACGAAUCAAUAUUCUUCGUGAUGGCAACGAACGAAAAACAAAGCACAUCAUCCUAACCUUUGACAGCACCACUCUCCCUGCGACUGUAAAGGCAGGCUACCUACAGUGCAGAGUCCGGCCCUACGUGCCGAACCCCCAAUGGUGCUUCAAGUGUCAGCGGUUCGGCUAUGGGUCACUGUUAUAUUCAGUUUCGGUAUUCAUUUGUGUUCUUUCACCCCCAGGGGGCGCGUCCUUCCUUUGUGUAUAUAUUUGAUGUAUCGUGCAGAAUAAAGGUUUUUCCGUCCGUCCUUCGAAAACAUCACAUUGGCGACGAGGAUGGGAUCCGUUCCAAGCUACCUUCGGCACCCCGUACCGUCCGGCUACGCCCGUCCCGCCAUGAGCUUCCCCGGCCUCGCUCCGCCGCCGCCGUUCCUCCAGACGCCCGGCCGUCCGUCCCUGCCAUGGGAGGAGUGGGAGCAGACUUUUACAGUCUACCUUCUAGCGUCCGGAGCAGCUGAGUGCCCACCAGAGCGACGCAAGGCCAUUCUUCUGCAUUGUUUGGGGGCGGAAGGGCAGCGUGUUUUCCGGACUUUACCUGCAGGGUCAAGCGCCGCAGCACCGGAAGUUCAAGAUAAGCCUACCGCGGCCCCUACUGACGUGUACGCGUCUGUACUCGCCGCCUUACGGAAGCAGUUUUCGACGUCGUGCAACGUAGUCGUCGAGCGUCAUCGUUUCCACCGCCGCAACCAACACGCAGGCGAGUCCGUUCAUGACUUUGUUGCUGCUUUACGGCAGCUCGUUUCGCAUUGUUCGUUCAAUUCACAAGAUGAGGCUCUCCGUGACCAAUUUGUUGCCGGCGUUGCUCCCAAUCGCGUACGUGAACGGUUCCUACUCGAGGGUUCCUCCCUGUCGUUCGAGAGCGCAGUACGAAUCGCUCUUCAGUUUGAGCAAGCAGCUGAAGAACUAAAGGAAUUCUCUGCUUCAGUCGAGCCUGUUUCUGUGCGUCGUCCGCAUUCUUCGCGAAAAACCAGUUCACAGCCAAAAGAGCAUUGUCAGCAGAACUUUUCAAGGAAAGCGAGCGGUUCACGUGCGUCGCAGGGGCACCGCCCCCCCUCGGCGAGACAGAGAUAGCCGGUCUGUUUCACCUCACUGUUUUCGGUGCGGCUCGCGGAACCACCGCGCAUCAGCGUCACAGUGCCCAG